AUGUCUGCAACCUCGCCGGCGAGGAAGAUUCCAUACCACCAUCAUCAUGUGCUCCGACACAAGCCUCCGACUGUGCCCACGAGAGAACCCGCCCUGCUCGAUCGCGAGCUUGUCGACAAACUACUGAUCGGCAGCAUCAAGACAAUAUGCGAAGAGGUGGCUGUUAAAGAAAAGAUAGAAUGCCCCGUCAUUGAAUCUGUGGCUUUGGAGUCACUUUCGGCUGCGGUGGAUGAAUUCAUCCUCAAAUUCCUCUCCAAAGUCCGGCGGUCGAUGCUCGUGGCUCGCCGAACUGCUCCGAUCGCGACCGACUUCGAGACUGCCAUCCACGUUCUUGAUAUCCCGAGACCUGACGAUCAGUUGAAGCCGUACACGACGAAGCCUCCCAUAAACCCGCAGCUGUUGCCCACUCCUCCUCCCGAUGACACGUUCCACAAUACGGUGAAACUACCCCCGGACUUUUUGGGUCCUGAGCUCGACGGGCAUGGAGAAUUGCAGCGAUUCGGCUUCAACACAUCCAUUUUCCCCGCUCUGCCCUCUGCACACACAUUCCGAGAGACCCCCCUCUACCCGACAUUGGAGAAAGACACGCGAAAGAUCCGAGAAUUGGCAACUCAGGAAGGCAAAUUGGGCGAGCAGGCGCUGCGUAAAUUGGCCGGAGCGGUCAAGUUGGACGCGACACAUCCGCUGGAGUCCGACGUUGUCAGGCAAAAGAAAACAGUAGUGACGCAGCCGGAGCCAGUGCGCAGAAAACGAUGGAAGAAUACUGUCACGCUUUCCGAGGAAGCUGUCUUUGAAGAGACGCUGAGAGACCUUCUGGCGAAAGAGCCAGGAGGGUUUGAGCUGGGUCCUAUAGUGACGUGUGAAAAGGCGUACCGCAUGCCAGAUGAUAUACAGGUGAAAAGGCGGGCACCGGUCGAGACCACAGCUGGAUCUGGGUCUCGUGGGUCGGCCGCGGCGGAUGCGGAUGUGAUGGAGCUGUGA